UGCGCAUAACUUCCACGUUCUUGCAUCCGGCCGUUUCUCCCCGCGUUUUCCACCUUCCACCACUUUUCAAUCCCGACAGCUUCACCGUUUUCCAGGAUUCUUCCACCGGGUCUCGAGUUAGUCUGUGAGCUUGUGCCGCGGCUUGACUUUCCACGGCGAUGUUACCGCUGACCUUUGACCAAUCGAGUAUUUCUGCCUCCGUGUUCCAUGGCGUCUUCACUUUUCUGAAACACUUUCUCUGCGGUUGUCAGAAGACCGUUUGACACCAAGAAAGAAAAGAAAUUCACGGUCGUAUACCGGGCUGGUUGAGGAGAUUGUAGAUUACUGCUAAGCCUCAAGAAGACUUCUGCAAAUAUCGUUCGAGAGCUGCGUAGUGACCGUUGAACCUGUAACAACUUGUCGACAUUUGUUACGGUUGUAAAAAGUCCACAGUGAAAAAGCGCACAGUGUGGUUAAAAGUUGGUUUGUUCAAAGGCUCGGCUGUUCUCGUACAUUUCAAAGUGUGACUCGUUGUUGUAGUGAUACGAAAGGAAUAGGGAAAAUCGUUCAAACCAUCACUGUCGCAAUCAUGGCCACCACCGAAGUCUUCCAAGACUGGGACUCGCCGCACGAAAAUUUAUCGAGCAAAACAACGCGAAUGAGCACCACGAGAACGACGACGAAAACAACGACGAGAAGAGAGACGUCCGCGUCGACAAAAACAACCACCAUGACAACGGCAGCUAAGCUGUACGGCAAAGACCUCAGCGAAUAUGACGAUGUGGAUGUGGACGAUCUGCUGUCACAGCUUUCGCCCGAGGAAAUAAACAUACUUGCAAAGGAAGUCGAUCCAGAUGAUAGUUUCAUGCCUCCGUCGCAACGUUGCAGUUAUGAAUGUGAUAAAGAUCCAACAGGGCCGUUAAACCGCAAGAAGCUCAUCGAUCACAUCAACAAACAGGCUUUAGAGACACCUGAUAUCCCAGAGUUGAAGCCAUAUGUGCCCGGAACUGUUCGUGGGAAGAAAUGGAUUCCACCACCGCAAGAUAAUCAAAAAGAAAAGGAAGCAGAUGAACAAAUUGCAAUAGAUCUUGGAGAUGAAUAUGAACAGGCUCUUUCCGCCGCAUCUCAAGAAGAGAUCAUCGAUCUCGCUGCCAUCCUCGGUUUUCACUCGAUGAUGAACCAGGACCAGUACCAUGCCUCCCUACUAAACUCUGGCCAACCUGUCGGACUGGGGUGGGACGGUAUUACGAAGGCAAGCCAACCCAAAGUAUUUCCCAUGGAACCUCCAAACAACACAGACGUUGAUGCAACGAUUAAACAAGUUCAUGACGAUGAUCACAUGUUGGCGGAUCUGAAUUGGAAUAAUAUUAAGAACAUCUCAGACGAAAAGUUCAUUCAGUUGUUCGAAGCAUUGGAGAUCAACACACACCUCGAAGCCUUGAGUUUGACAAACGUCGGGCUAACCGACAAGACUGCACUCAGAUUAGCUGACGCCAUCGAAAAGAAUUCGACCCUCAGAGUACUCAAUGUUGAAACAAAUUUCAUCAGUCCGUCUGUGAUAGUAAGGCUCAUCAAGGCUCUUCUUAAAACAAAAUCCAUCGAAGAGUUCAGAUGCUCAAACCAGAGAUCACAAGUACUGGGCAACAAAAUUGAGAUGGAAAUAACGCAGUUGGUUGAGCAGAAUCCGAUGCUCCUCCGGCUCGGUCUUCACCUUGAAUUUAAUGAUGCCAGGCACAGAGUCGCCGCUCACCUACAGCGCAACAUUGAUAGGAUUUGUCGUGUCGAAUACUGGGAACACGCUACGAUGGUAGCAAUUGGCUCAGGUUAUUACACAUACACCAUUCUUCCGGCUGACUUCCUUAAGAAACGAAAACAGAACUUGGCGCUUGCAGAGCGCAAUGAUACGGCAGUCCCGGGUCGGGGCAGCGACAUCCUAGUGCGAUGAGGCGUUCGCCUAGACCGUUUACGCCGCACAGGGAGGGCUUCUCGUAACUACACUAUAGGCUGGGCAAUGCACUAGGAACAUGAAGGAAAAUCUUCGCCAUCAUCCGCUGUCUUGGUAUUCUUAUAUCGCAGUUCGACCGCUUCAAACUUUGUCGAAAAACGAAACGAAAGAGAAAAAAGGGAAAAGCUUGCCUCGAAGAACCAUGGUGUAAAAAUUUGAUGUUAUAUCGAGCAACUCACAGCUGAUGUGGUUUCCACAAUUUCACGAAAGAUAUUCGGUAUUUCGAGGCUGUGGUUGGAGAGACCGAGUCGUUACUGCGAGAAACCAUCGUUGUCUUGUGAAAAGUGAAAAAUUUGAGAACAAGGGCGAAAAAGGAACCGAGGCUUAAUCUUCCGAAGAUCGCAAAGAUCGGUGCAUCGGGUUCUUCGAGACCAAAGAGAUGCGGAUUAUGUCCUACCGAAGAAUGGCGUCAUACGCCCAGAAGACCUAAUGCCUAGUUGGAAUGGAAACGGCGUCGGCGAAGAAAUAAAAGAAAAAAAAAAAAAACAAAAACAAAUCGUAGUCUUUUCAUAGAAUCUUGAAUAUUUAAUAAUCCUGCAAUUCGCUUCCGGAAAAUUAGGAUGCAGUACGCAAUCGUAAUUUGUCUUGCUUAAUCGUCCAGUAUUUCUGGUGUCUGCCAUCAAGCUUACGUCGUUUUAAUUAUUUAUUUUUAAUUUUUAAUCUUUUCCUUUGAAGAGAGAGAGAGAGAGAGAAAGCGAAAGAAAGAGCGGGAGGGAUAGAGAGUGAGGGUUUGUGUGUGUGUGUGUGUGUGUGAAAGAGAGAGUGAAAGCGAGAGAUAGACUUGAGAGAGAGAGAGGGAGAGAUAGAGAAGUUCUCCUUGGUCGUGUAUGGCGUCAAAAUAUAAGCGCAACUUUUGACUGCAGUGUCGCUUUUUUUUUCUUUUUAGCUGUAGCUUUAAAACGUAUACGUCAUUUUUUUUUUUUUCUCAAUUCUUAAGCCAUUUUAAAUUUUCGGCAGUACACUGCCAGUUUUUUGAAACCACGCGUUCUAAAAAGCGAGGAGACGGAGUGGAAAUUAUAAGUGGAUAUUUAUAUAUGACAGUUCGCGGCUUCGCCUGUCGUAUUGGAUUUGUCAAAGCUCACUAAUUCGUGCAGCGCAUGGGUCGAGCUCUCGUCAUGAUGCGGCGAUCCGGGAAUAGCGAUUCAGUCCGUGGCUGGAAACGAAUUUAUUCCUUUUCUUUUUUAUAUGUACAGAUGUUGCCUCGUUCAGCGUAAAAUUCGAAAGUGGGCGUUUGCCUCGGCCUAUGCGGCAGCGUGUUAACGGUUUUCAUUUUCUUUUUUUCUUUUUUCUUUUCUUCCUCACCUUUAAAGAAUCAAAUUGACCAACGGAAUGAUGAUAGAGCGCAUAAUUCGCGGUUCAGGAUAGGGAUAAUUUGAAUGAUCUUGUGUGCGAACGGAAUUACGAUUAGGUGUCUCAAAGUAUAGUGUCCUGUAUUUUUUAUUUCAAGAAAAAAUAAAAUUAAAACAAACAAUUUGCCCACGUAUAUUCUGACCGGAAAUGCAACGCCCGAGGAUGUCGUCGCUCUUGAAUGACUUAUAUAUUUUAAAUUUAUGAAAUGAGAAGGAACAAACACAACAAGGAAAAAAAAUUAUACAUGAUAUAUAUAAUAUAAAAAAAAAAAAAAAAAAAGAAUUUAAAUAUGAUAAUAAAAAAUUUUAAUCCCCGCACUUACUAUUAUUGUAGAAAUGUAUUUUUUAUUUAUAAUAAACGAUAAUAUUUUUAAUUUUAAUGAUAACGUCCAUUAUGAUGUUGUCGAAUACGAAAAUGAUAACGACGAUGAUGGAGUUGGUGAUGGUUGUACUGAAUCACCGUGAUAAAAAUCGUUAAUUUUUAAAUAAGUAAUUAGAGAAAGAAGUGGAAAACAAACGAUGCAACUUAACCUACUGUAAUGUUCCCGUUGAAAACGAGGCGAACCAUCACGAUGUAAUAAAUUUAGGUCGAUUGUAUGUAUACAUAAAUAUUUGAAAAUAUAUAUCAUAUGGAUAACGAUGAUGAAUAAUA